AAUAACCAACGGGGGCGUUGCUGGGGGCGGGGCCACGCUGGAGCUCGACCCAGUUUGAAAGUGAACGAACGUCUCCAGUCGCUGCUGCAGCGUCCGAACAUCAACAAGAACCAGAACCAGAGCCGAGCCGAGCCGAGCCAGACCCCGACCAGACCCCCGCCUGUAGCCGCCCCCUGACGAGCCGUCAGUAUGAUGCGUAAAGACGUGAACAAGCCGAAGGGGAAGACGUCGGCGUACGCCUUCUUCGUUCAGACGUGUCGAGAGGAGCAUCGCAAGAAAAACCCGGAGCAGUCUGUCAACUUCGCCGAGUUCUCCAAGAAAUGUUCAGAGAGAUGGAAGGGUCUGACUGCCACUGAUAAGAAGUGUUUCGAGGACAUGGCGAAGGCCGACAAGGUUCGUUACAACCGAGAGAUGAGUGACUACGUCCCCCCCAAGGGCUUCGGAAAGAGGGGCCGCAAGAGGAAAGAUCCCAACGCACCUAAAAGACCCCCGUCGGCCUUCUUCGUCUUCUGCAGCGAGUACCGUCCCAGUGUGAAGCAGCAGUUUCCAGGUAUGUCUAUAGGCGACUGUGCCAAGAAACUGGGAGAGAUGUGGAGCAAACUGACGCCGUCUGAAAAACAACCGUACGAAGAGAAGGCUCAGAAACUACGGGAGAAAUACGACCGGGAGAUGGUGGCGUACCGCGGCGGAGGCACGUACGCUCGGAACCCCGGGUCCUCAGCUCAGGGAGGAGAGGAAGAGGAGGAUGACGAGGGGGACGACGAUGACGAUGAUGACGACGACGAUGAGUAGAGACGACAAGCGGCAGCUGGAUGAGAGAGAGACGUGUGUGUGUGUGUGUGUUUCAGAAGGUUUUAACAGGUUAAAGGGGCGGGGUCUCUGACAGCUGAUUGAAGGGAGGAGACAGCGCCCUCUGUCUCCAAGGUAACGUGAGGCUGUGUGAGGUCAAUCAGCUGAUCAUUUUAAUUAUUGAUUAUUGGGUCACAUUUUUAAUGAAACGUUUUUCUCUUGUGACUCGUGGAGACGUUGUUCUGGGACCAAUCACAGAAAAGAUCAAUUAUCAUUUUGAUGACACCUCGUGUGUCACAUGACCAGAGGUCGCUCUGAAACACACACACACUGGAUCACUGUGUGUGUGUGUGUGUGAUCAGAUGUUAAACUGUCCACAGGAUAGUACAGUAAACCCCCCCCACCACUGUUACCAUGGUUACUCCUGCACCCUCCCCCCCACACCAUCCCCCUGUGUGUUGCCAUGGAAACCCGCCCCCUGCUCUUCAUCUUGUUGUUUUUUUAUUUUCGUACUGGAGGAUUAUGGGAGUUUUUCUUUCCUCACUGUCAAAGUAGAAACUUCAACUUUUAUAAUAAAACGAGAGACUGAGGGAAAAA